UAUUGGGAUACGCACGUGUUUACGGUGUUGGUUCUUUGUUCUUCGUCCGCCUGUUGUUUGAUUUGCUGUUUUCUUCCCGGUUGCCAGGACAACGCUUCCAAGCUGCUGUUGGCUCUGAUGGAGAGUCGUCAUGACAGCGAGAACGCAGAGAGGAUCCUGUUCAACCUCCGACCUCGAGAGCUGGUGGAGGUGAUAAAGAAGGCCUACCAACAGGACAGUGAGUGUGAGGAGGGGGAGGUUUCUCCCCGCGAGGUGGGACACAACAUCUACAUCCUGGCUCAGCAGCUGGCCAGACACAACAAGGUCCUUCAGAACCUCCUGAAACCUCAAAAGAACAGUAAAGAGGGAGAGGAGGGAAUCUCCUCCAUGUUGAACAACCUGAACAACCGUCCUCUGUCCCAGAUGUUGAAGUCCUCAGCUCCAGCUGCUGUAGUGGAACAAGACCCACUGGAGUACUACGACCUGCUCACCUCACAGAUAGAGAUCGUGCGUGAUGACCGCAGCAUGGAGCAGAUCGUGUUUCCUGUUCAUCCCAUCUGUGAGUUUCUGACCGAGGAGUCGAAGACCAGAGUGUUCAACACCACGGAGCAGGACGAGCAGGGGUCCAAGGUCACGCACUUCUUCGAACAGACCUCCUUCCUGCACGGAGAGAUGGAGUGGCAGAAGAAGCUGAGGAGUAUGCCGGUGUUGUACUGGUUCUCCGGGAGGAUGUCUUUGUGGGGAACCAUCUCCUUCAACCUCGCCGUCUUCAUCAACCUCAUCAUCGCUUUCUUCUACCCCUACGAUUCAGGACAAGUGGGAGCGAUCGAUGACUCCCUGUUGCUGAUGCUCUUCUGGAUCCUGAUGGGUCUCUCGGUGUUGGGCUUGUUCUCUCAGCGUGGCCUGCAGCCUCUCACCAUCGCUCUGAUCCUCCGCUCCAUCUACCACCUCGGCAUCGGAAACACGCUCAUCCUGCUGGGAUCACUCAACCUGAUCAAUAAGGUGGUGUUUGUGGUGAGCUUUGUGGGAAACAACGGGACCUUUAUUAUGGGAUACAGAGCCAUGGUGAUGGACGUGGAGUUCCUGUACCACCUGGCCUACGUCCUCACCUCCACGCUGGGACUGUUCGUCCAUGAGCUCUUCUACAGCAUCCUGCUGUUCGACCUGAUCUACCGGGAGGAGACUCUGUUUAACGUGAUAAAGAGCGUGACCCGUAACGGCCGCUCCAUCCUGCUGACGGCGCUGCUCGCUCUCAUCCUCGUGUACCUGUUCUCCAUCGUGGGCUUCCUCUGCCUGAAGGAGGACUUCAUCAUGGAGGUCGACCCACUGGCGCAGAUCGCUGCAGCUCCUCAGCAGAGUCCUGAGAGCUCCUCUCAGGAUUUCCUAAAGUCGUGUUCUACAGACGGAGUGAGCUGCACCGCGGAGACGGAUGCCGUCAGCGUCCCCGAGGACAAAGACGAGCCGAGUUCGGAGCGAGCGUGCGACACGCUGCUGAUGUGCAUCGUCACCGUGCUGAACCACGGCCUGAGGAACGGAGGAGGAGUCGGAGACGUUCUACGGAAACCGUCCAAGAACGAGCCCUUGUUUGCGGCCCGUGUGGUUUACGACCUGCUGUUCUACUUCAUCGUCAUCAUCAUUGUCCUCAACCUGAUCUUUGGCGUCAUCAUCGACACGUUUGCCGACCUGAGGAGCGAGAAGCAGAAGAAAGAAGAAGUCCUGAAGACGACGUGUUUCAUCUGCGGUCUGGAGAGAGACAAGUUCGACAACAAGACGGUGUCGUUCGAGGAGCACAUCAAGCUGGAGCACAACAUCUGGAACUACCUGUACUUCAUUGUUCUGGUGCGCGAGAAGAACAAGACGGACUACACGGGACCGGAGAGCUACGUGGCUCACAUGAUCAAAAACAACAACCUGGACUGGUUUCCGCGGAUGCAGGCGAUGUCUCUGGUGGUAACAGACGGAGAUGGGGAGCAGAACGAGAUGAGGAUGUUACAGGACAAACUGGCAGCGACGAUGAAGGUGGUGAUGACGCUGACGACUCAGCUGACUGAGCUGAAAGAGCAGAUGACCGAGCAGAGGAAGAGGAGGCAGAGGAUGGGAUUCGUUGACGUCCAGGCGGGAGCGAGCACCGCGCUGCCUCCGAGCGCCGCGGGAGGAAACCACCAGAUGUACAAAACAUAGAGAGAGACGGAGGAUCUUCAGACGGUUCCACACAAGAUGCGGCUCUGUGAAGAACACAGAGGAGAACAUCCUCAGAUGGUUCUCAUAAAGAAAACACUAGAAUGUAGUUUAAACAUAUGUUUCUCACUAACAACACACCUUCUGUUCGCUUGUACUUUGUAAUAUGUGGAUGUGAGUCAGAUCUGCAUCGUUGAUGGAUAGAGUGACACCAUCACUGUAUAGGAGAGUUGAGUUCGGUUCAUCCUUUGAGUUCAUUUAAAGUGUUAAGACCUGAGCGUGCACAAUAAAGACACUUUGUUCAAAAACAUCUGUUGUUUCAGAUCAGAAAAGUGCUGAAAAUAUGCAAUUAUGUUACAACACAUUAUUUUGAUACUUACAAAUUACCAAAAAUCUGCACCAAUAUUGAGCUAGAUGCUCAAACUUGCAGUUGAAAUAUUACAGAAAGAGAAGUGUGAGAAGAAGAAAGUUCUGAUCUAAAUAGUUUUCUCUCCUCAGAACAGGUGGAACGUUGUAGUUGUGAUACUAAUCUGAACCACUAGAGGCUGAAGUGCACAACCCCCCCACGCUCUAAAGGACUAAACCAUUCAUGUUCACCUCCAGGAGAGUUCUAUAUUAUCUGAGUCCUCUUCACGUCAUAGGUUAGUGCUCUUCAGCCUCUAGUGGCCCAACUGACUAUUACAACACCAACACUUUAGACUCCGCCCACAAGAUGGAGCACCAGAUACACCAAACCCCAAAACUGGCUAAACAAACUUUUUUAUAUCUAUAAAUAGGAUUGAAGGAUCCCAGACCUGCUGGUGGGAGGGAUGAAUAUUCAGUGUCACAGAACAAUGUGAAAAACUCAAUUUCAUCAUUUUAAGGAAAUGUAAACGGAGACGCAGCGUUUGUUUGCCGAUGACAGAAACAUCUAUUUCAGUAAUAUCUUUGUUUUACACUUAAAGUGAGUUGAACCCAGUUAAGUUUUUUUAAAAUUGUAAAUCUGGGGUAUUGUGGUUCUAAAGUGAUCUUUAUUAUUAUGGUUUAUAGUGAUGUAUUUAUGUGUUAACACUGUAACUAGCUCAGUACGGACACUGGAUCAUAAAUACUACUUUAUCUCUUCAGCAUCAACAGACGGGUUCACACUGAGUGGAGGAGGAGGACCGUGUGAUGAAGACAUCUUCAUAAAUAAAGUGUUCACUGAA